CAGAAGCAUAACUGCACAUUCAAUCUUCCGAUUCAAGCUCCGACUCUGCCUUGCUACAGCCUGCCAGAGGACAUGAUUUGUUGUCUUCUUACCAGAGCCCACAUCAACUCAAGCCCAGAUUAUUACUUGUCUGAUUUUGGCCCAAGAGAACUAAAGCCGAGGCAAAUAUAAUUGAAGUCCUGUUAUUUGUUCUCUUGUUUCAUACUCGCAGUAGAAUAAGAUGUACUAACAAUUACGAGAAGAGAAGAUCCCCUCACAGCCUCCUCCCGAACCAUCAGCAGCACUAUCUUUCGAACCUUUUGAAACAUCUAACAUUGUCUCGACAAAUAUCCGAUCCUCCGAGUCCUUACCAACAUACACAUCUCUCAUACUAAUCGGGCCUGAUUCUCGACUCAACUCAACAGUUUUCACUAGCGAUACAUAUACACUACAUACUCGAUAUACACAGCAAAGGGAGGAUACACAGCAAAUAGAGUUAUGGGUAUCGACAAAUCAUGAAAAGCGGGAGAUUAGAGCUGAUGUCCUGCCGAGUGAAGAGAUGCUGUUCUAAAUCAGAAGAGUUAUGAACUGAUUUGUCAAUCGAAACAAGCAUCUGUCAAGCGGAGUUCACUAACAAAAUCCGAAACAAGCUACAGAUGAACAACUUUGCCCCAGAUCUAUACAGUAAACUUGGCUAAAUUAAUAAUCUAGAUUCUGCUCUGGAGUUGUGUGUGGCUAAUUCCUUGAGGAAUGAAGAUGAAAUCACCACUGGUGCUUAUGUUAAUGCUUCUUCUAUACACUCAUAUUCAACCCACUCAAUCAUCAACGACUAUGCACACUAAUAAUUGGGCUGUCCUUGUUUGUACCUCUCGCUUCUGGUUUAAUUAUCGUCAUAUGGCCAAUACCUUGUCGCUAUACAGGACUGUGAAACGGUUAGGGAUUCCGGAUGAGAGGAUAAUACUUAUGUUGGCUGAUGACAUGGCUUGCAAUGCGCGGAAUAAGUACCCUGCUCAAGUCUUUAACAAUGAGAAUCACAUGCUUAAUUUGUACGGAGAUAAUGUUGAGGUAGAUUAUCGAGGUUAUGAAGUGACAACAGAAAACUUUUUUCGAGUUUUAAUGGGGCGUCAUGAAAGUGCUGUCCCGAGGUCAAAGCGUCUUUUGAGUGAUGAAGGAAGCCAUAUACUAUUAUAUAUGACAGGGCAUGGAGGAGAUGAGUUCCUGAAAUUUCAGGACUCGGAGGAGCUUCAGAGUCAUGAUUUAGCUGAUGCAGUUAAACAAAUGAAAGAAAAGCGCAGAUUCAAGGAGCUGCUGAUUAUGGUGGAUACCUGCCAAGCUGCCACCCUUUUUUCACAGCUUCAGUCUCCUGGUGUUUUGGCUAUUGGAAGUAGUAAGAAAGGAGAAAACUCUUAUUCUCAUCAUUUGGAUUCUGAUGUAGGCGUUUCUGUUGUGGAUCGAUUCACAUAUUAUACCCUUGCUUUCUUUGAGAGGCUUAAUAUAUAUGCUAAUGCUUCAUUAAACAGUCUUUUCACUUCCUAUAAUCCAAACUAUUUGAUGUCAACUGCAUACUAUCGCACAGAUCUCUACCAAAGAAAACUGGAGGAGGUACCUGUGACCAACUUUUUUGGUUCAGUCAUGGAAACAAUUCAUACUGAUUCAGCUUACAAUGUCUUUCCGAUGAAAGACUCUCGAGCGAAUAAUAUUAAAAUCUUAUUGGAACAAUCAGUUGAUGACCUGAUAAGAAACGUUACUAGUUCAGAUGAGAAGCAGCAGAGUGCUGAACCCAGCACCAUUGUUCAGCCCGGGAAAUGCCCAUAUACUAAUGUUUGGAAUGUCAUUAAUAAAAGAAUGGAGAAGAUAAAAGAUGUCGAUAAUAUAGUAAAUGGUGGUUUUGCAUUAAUCUUUUUGACGGCAGUCAUCUUCAGUUGGUUAACACAAUAAAGUGUUGAUGUGGUGCAGAUUAACUGGAUCCAUUAUACAAAGCCAUGCUGUGCAAAGUCAGUUAUCUGCCUCAUAGUAUAGACUUGAGUGUGGUCAUAACAUAUAAGAGUGGAGUCUUGUUGUCAUUGCUUUCGAACAUAGAGCAACAUUUAGAGCAUGGUUUAGAAAGAGAUCUGGAUAGAUGUUAUUUAUUAAGUCACAGAGCAGGCCUCAUUGGAGAUUUUUAUUUAGACGAGAGGUAGCCAUCGACUCUGAUGGGGCACCGGGCCGGGAAUACUACUAUAUAUUUCAGUCCCCACUCAAAUUGUGCAACUCUAGCCUCCUUCCAAAAUUUGUUUUAAUAUUUGUACAAAAUCUGUACAAGGAGUUUAUGAUGUUUGGUGGACUUAGCUUCUUAGCCUUUAUAUUUAAUGUUAAUUCUGUUCAUAA